AUGGGUGACAUCUAUCGAGCUGCCCAAAGAGUUGUCAUGUGGCUGGGAGAAGAAACAGAGCCCAUAAAGGCAGCUUUCGAAAUGUUACCGACAGUGGCCAAAGCACAGAGUAUGCUGCUGCAAGCAGCCGGAGAGCUACCCGGUGGGGAGGUGACAACAGAAGGAGUAGAAGAUCCCCAGAAGAUGUUGGACAGCAUGUUCAAGGAACAGAGCGCGAUGGAUGCCUUCUGGGAACUAAUGCAGCGGACCUACUGGACAAGAGCUUGGAUUCUCCCUGAAAUUGUCAUUGCUGGCUCCAGAGGCCUUGUCAUGUGUGGCAGGCAGUUUUGUGAAUGGACAACCCUACAGCUCGGCAUGCCUAUUUAUGAAUACUGUAACUUUGGUCAGCCGCCGAUGAUCUUCAACAGCGGACUGGUUGGCGAUAUGGGGCCAGAAGCUGAGAUGCUCUUCGAAGAUGUCGUUUUUGUACUACAUACACUGCAAGCUACUGAUCCCCGUGACAAGAUAUUCGCAUCUUUGGGGCUUGUAUCACAGGGGCGCCAAACAAUCGGCAAGAAACUGGUGGAAGCACCUGUUGCUGACUACACAAUGAGUGUUCAGCAAGUCUUCAUACAUGCCGCUCGCUACUUGAUUGACUUGGGUGGUGCCUUCUGGGCUUGGAGAUUGGGCAUUCAACGCAGCACGAAGAAGGUCGACAAUCUGCCUUCAUGGGUACCCGAUUUCAACCGAAGACUGGCAUUUGCAGAGAUCAACCCAUUCAGAGAGAUCAAGACAUCAUACCGAUUGGACAUCAAGGAGGAUCCAGUAACUACGGAGACUACUCUUUGGAUCGGCGGCUGUAUCGUUGACAAGAUUGUGUUCAAAUUAACUCUGACAAAAGACCUUGAGAUAUCCAGCAUUCUUUCGUUAGCUGUCGAUGUGCUUGCAAAGACAGACCGCAGCAUAUACGGCAAGUACCCAAUCGGGGAGGGGUUUGACGUCAAUAGCAACAUCCAAGACUUGGAGGAGCAGAAGGAUGCUGAGAGUUUACUGAUGAAGAGCACAAAUGCAAUGGCACUGUUCGCCACCAUCACCAAUUUUAACGAUACAUCGGAUGAGGACGAUGGCAGCACGACACCAGAAAGAAUCUUACCCCUCCUGACGGGAUACCUAAUCUACACGCUCUCAAAGAACAUGGACACGCCAGGAGUGUCGAAAAUAGCACCGGACUACGUAAAGCGAUUUGCAGAGACAUGGACUAAAGAAUACGACGACGCUGAAGCCUUUGUCGACUUCCAGUUGGAGAAUCUCAAGCUUGUGGAGGAUGCAUUGAGAGAGGACCGAGACCUCGUUUAUACUGAGAAUGGGUACUUUGGAUUAACAAAUACUGGUGAAGCCGAGGUCGGCAUGGUGGUAGGGAUGGUUGGCGGCGAUACCACAUUGCGGUUACUGAGAAAGAAGGAGGACACGACGCCAUUUUAUGAGUAUGCAGACAUGGUCUUCUUGAACACCAUGGGUCAAGAAAUUGAGAACUUGGAACGAGUGUACGGCGAACUCAGCCCUGAGAGAUUGGAGAUACGUUAG